AUGAUUAGAUUUUCAGUUAAUCAAGAUGGGGAAUGGAAGGUUAAUAAAUGCAUUGAGAACCACAACCAUGAGUUAGCAAGGCCUGAAGAUCAACAUUUACUGAGAUCAUGCAGAAAUAUUACCGAAGAGAGAGCAUUCGUUCUUAAAUCUAUGACUGAUGCUGAGAUUAGAACCAUUGAUGCAUUCACAUACUUAGCUGAUGAAAUUGGUGGGAGAGAGUAUGUAGGUUUUUUAAGAAGAGAUGCAUAUAACUUUGUUCAGAAAAAUAGAAGAUGCAAGAUUGAGACUGGGGACACCAAUUCCCUAAUUGAAAUUUUUAAAAAUCGAGCAAACAGUGAUAACAUGUUUGUGUGGGAAGUCCAAUAUGAUGAGGAGGAUAGAUUGAUGAAUUUUUUCUGGGCUGAUGAUGUGGGAAGAAUAGACUACGACUGCUUUGGAGAUGUUAUAAUUUUUGAUACCAGCUAUAGACUGAACAAAUACAAUCUAGCUUGUGCACCUUUUGUUGGAGUUAAUAACCAUUGGCAAAAUGUUCUUUUGGGGGUUAAAUUUCUGUCAGAAGAAACAAUAAAAUCACUUACAUGGUUGUUUAGAACAUUCUUGCGAGUAAUGGGUGAUAAACAUCCCAUUAUAAUUUUUACUGACCAGGAUCAGGCAAUAUCUCGGGCAAUAGAAAUUGCAUUUCCUCAAACACGCCAUAGGCUUUGCCAAUGGCACAUCACCAAGAAGCUUCUAUCCAAGUUGCAUUGUUGCAACAGCAAUAACAAGGUUAGAUGUCUCAUUCAUAAAUGUUUCAGCAAGUGUGAUUCAGAGGAGGAAUUUGAUAGUUAUUGGACUGAAAUGCUGAAUGAAAGGGAGCUUCAUAGCCAUGACUGGUUGAAAGAACUCUACAAAAUAAGGCAUAAGUGA